GACAACGUCCAGGCCUGGACUAGUUAAUGUGUAAGCCGUGUAAGGAAGAGUCGGGUGAGGUAAUCUAACAGCAGCAGCCAUUUUAGCCACACUGGACAUCGCUGCCGUUCUUUUACCAUCAUGCAACGUUACGUGACGGACUGUAGCAGGUAUUUCACUCUAUAUUUAAACUUGGCAGUCAAGGAAUUAAAAGAUGACGACCACUUCUAAAUCAGCGUGUGUUUGAGGUGAGGUUACCAUGGUGAUCCUGAAUCUCUUGAGCGUAGAAGAAGAGACACGCGGCCGCUCUCCGUUGCUGCCGGAGGCUGCAGAAGCUGCUGCAACGACACACAAACAAGAGGCCGCACAAAUGCAAUCAAAGCCCUUUUUCCUCAGCAGGUCAGUGAGUUUCUGGGCUUCUGACAGACCAUUGUAUCUUUCAUCCAGUGCUGCACAGAUGUUUCUGGAUUCUGAGUCAUGGGGAAGGCAAAAUAAAUGUCAAAGGAUCUGCGAGAAAAGAAGCGAGAACCUUAGCGUCAGUGUGGUUCUUCUAGUGGGAUGCUACUCUGCUAUUCUACUUCCAGCAUAUUUCCCCCUGCAGAAACACUCCGUCAUUGAUGAGCAGGAUCCCAAACACCUGGACUUGUUGAACCGCUCGGCCCUCCAGUUGUGUCGGCCCCACUGGUGUGUGGACCGCCUGAAGUCUCUGCCCCGCUGCUCGGGCCUGAUGGACAUUCCAGUGUUUGUGCUGCGAGACGCUGGCUGGGACAUGCCUCCUCCUCUCGGGCUACGAGGGAGCAAAGAGCAUCUGGCUCGGGCUCUGGCCGCUCUGCCUCAGCCGGACCUGCCACCAUCGCUGAGGAGGAGUGGGGAGCGCUGCAGGCGCUGUGUGGUUGUGGGCAGUGGAGGGGUCCUGCUUGGGAGCCAUCUUGGAUCUCACAUCGAUCAAUACGGUGUUGUCAUCAGGAUGAACAACGCUCCAGUGCUGGGCUACGAGAGAGACGCUGGUUCUCACACCACCAUCCGCGUGACGUACCCAGAGGGAGCGCCCAGCUCUGCCGACGACUACAACAAGACGGACAUUGUUGCUCUCGCGGUCUUUAAGAGUCUGGACCUGGACUGGCUGACUUCUAUCAUCACUAAACAACCACUGAGCUUGUGGUCCAAGCUGUGGUUCUGGAAGGAGGUGGUGGACCACAUUCCCUUGAGACCAGAGAACUUCCGGAUCCUCCACCCAGAGAUCAUUCGCAAGACUGCGGAAGUCCUGCAGAGAUACUCUGUGAAACAAGGAAAGAUGGUGCCCACACUGGGUGCUGGUGCUGUGGUGAUGGCUCUGCAGCUGUGUGACCACGUCAGCCUGGCAGGCUUUGGCUACGACAUGCAGCAUCCUCACGCUCCGCUCCACUACUACGAGACCAUACCAAUGGCUGCCAUGAAGGCUCAGGUGGUGCAUGACGUCAGCGCUGAGAAGCUCUUCCUGAGGGAGCUGGUGGCUGCAGGAGCUGUGACUGACCUCACGGGAGCGCUGUGAUGUGGAUGGACGCCCUGACACUAACAUGAACUCAGUGUGCAGCCUCCUUCCUUCCAUCCUCUUCUUCUUGCCGUCAGCCUGUGGUGAUGCUGCUGUCCUACAUACCGACACCGUAUCCGUGCAGCUGCUGAGAAGCAGCGAGGCCGACCUUUACCACACAACAUCCUCGGGGUCUGCUGGAGAAGUUAGUGAAUUUGACUACAAAAGGUUAGACACGCUGAGAUAGAUUUGACCGGAAGUUACAUCAUCAGUCCAUAUAAGGUAUGUACAGCCGGCUUUAUGUGUGGGAGUAAAUCUGUCAUACUGUACAUUUUACAACUGCAAAAUGAAAGAAACCGUUCAACAGCCCUCAUAAACACAUUAUAAUGGGACUGUUUGUGAAUGUAGCUUGUUGCUACAACUCUGUACAGUAGGUAGCAUCAUGUGUUAGAAUAAUUAUGUGUAAGUUAUCCCACGACUCCUAUGCUUAAAGGCCGUUGCUAUAGUUAUUAUCAAUUGUGCUGAAGUUGUACUUUUCUAUCUGUGCAAAGCGAGUCGUCUCGUAUCAGUGUUUUCAGACCCUGAAUCGGCCUGCUGACUGCCAAGGGAACAUCGAGUGCCGUGACGCAGACAAAGCAGAGACAGGGCGAUAUCACGAGUGUCAGCACAUUUGCAUUUCAUGAAUAGUCAUAUAUUGUGUCUAACUGGAGCUGUUGAGAUUACCCCCCUUCCCUCAGCGACAGCUUCAGUGAUGUAACCUGGGACCUCCCAAAUAAAUAGAGGAAGCACAUGGGCAGGAUUUUAGAGCGUAGUUUGGAUCUGUAACUAGAGUACAGCCCAAUCACGUCUCUCCUCAUUGAGCAAAAUGUAACUCUGUCUCUGCAUGAUUCCUUGCUUCUUGUCUGUUUAAUAGAUGUCAUCAGUGUUUGAGCCUGACAUCACGACGUGUUUUUUUAUUUAUUAAAAAAACUAUCACAUACACCUGGGGCUUCAUCUAAAAAAUGAAUACAAAUACAUUUUUUUUUUUUUUGCAAAUAUAUUUUUUGUUUGGUUGAAUUGUGGUGUGAAGUUUAAAAAAAAAAAGUGUACAGAUAUCGUAAUUUUUUGCCCUAAUAUUGUUUAUAUGUAUGUCUAUCUGAUGCAACAUUUUAGGUGAAAAUAAGUGAAGUAAACCAUGUUUGAUUGACAACGUGGACGCACCUAUCCUUAAAGCGGAAACAUGGAAAUUACGACACCGAAUUUUCCAUCCAUCCCCAUACCUAACAUUAGCAAGAUGGACAUAUUAGGAAUAUUAAAAUGAUUAUUAUUACCGUAUUUUCCGGACUGUCAUUUUUUCCCCUCAAAACUCGACAGUGCGCCGUAUAACCCGGUGCGCCUAAUGUACAGAAUAAUUCUGGUUUUGCUUACAGACCUCGAAGCUAUUUUAUUUGGUACAUGGUAAAAUGAUAAGUGUGACCAGUAGAUGGCAGUCAAACAUAAGAUUAAGGUGUAGACUGCAAUAUGACUCAAGUAAACACCAAAAUAUUAUAUGUUCCAUUGAAAAUAUAGAA